AUGGCAGAGGCAAAGCCGGUGGAUGAGAAGCGCGAGGAGUUCCGGCAGUAUCUGGAGCGUGGGGGCGUUAUGGACGCGCUGACAAGGGCACUCGUCGCCCUCUAUGAGGAAAACGACAAACCACCGGACCCUGUCGACUACGUUCGCAAGGCGCUAGGCGACCUACGCCCCACUGCUGGCGAGAUGGAGCAGGCGCGUGAACAGGUCCAGGAAAGCGUGGCGGCCCUGCAUAACUUGCGCGAGGAGAACGACCUGCUGCGAGGCAAGCUGGCGGAGCUGGAGCCGGAGAACGAGAUCCUGGCGCAGCCGCGGCCCGGAGACGACCUGGAGGAGGCGGCGCCAGCUGAGGGCGGCGAAGCAGAGGCCGCACCAGCCGAGGAGCAUCACGCCGAAGAGACGGAGGCUGCGGCGCUGGAGGUCACCGAGGAGGUCGUGGCCGCGCCCGCCGAGUGA